UAGAUUAUGUACAUAUCCAUCUCCAUAGCCAUCUCCAAAACCAAGUUUGAGUUUGAGUUUGAGAGAGAGAGCUCCAAUAAUGGCUUCCAUGAGCUUUUUAGAAAUCCUUCUCACUUUCAUACCCUUUCUUUCAGUGCUUCUUUUUCUAUCUGUAAAGUGGAAAUAUAAUGAAAUUCCUUGGAAUUUGCCUUUCUUCGGAAUGACUCUCACUAUCCUCCGUAAUUUGCAUAGAAUUCAAGACCAUUUCACUCAUAUUUUACGCCUUUCUUCUUUCACUUUCUUUUUCAAAGGUGCUUGGUUUGCUGAUCUUGACUUCUACUUCACAUCCGACCCUUCAAAUAUCCAUCAUAUCUUGAGCACCAACUUUGAGCGAUACCCCAAAGGCCCUGAUUUCAAGUACAUCUUUGAGAUUUUGGGAGAUGGGAUUUUCAAUUCUGAUUCUGAUGUUUGGAAAAGCCUACGAAAAACUGCUCAUUCCUUGGUCCAUGAUCACAAAUAUGUUCAAUUCGUGGAGAAAAUUACAUUGAAGAAGGUGAAAGCAGGGCUUGUUCCUGUUCUUGAUAGUGUUUGUGAAAAUGGGUCAGUGUUGGAUUUGCAAGAUUUGUUUCAAAGGUUCUCUUUUGACUCAACUUGUAUGUUUGUCACUGGCUUUGAUCUUCAAAGUUUAUCUCUUGAAUUUCCUGAAGUUCCUUUUUCCAAGGCCAUGGAUGAGGCAGAGGAAGUCAUUUUUCUCCGACAUUUUAUCCCUAAGAAAAUAUGGAAAUUUCAGAACAAACUCCAGAUUGGGCCACCCACAAGGCUCAAACAAGCUUGGGAAACCAUAGAUGAAACCAUCGGUAAAUUGAUAGCCUCCAAAAGGGAAAGCUUGCGAAAUCAAAUGAAAGAAGAGGGUGAUGAGCAAAGAGAAGGAGUUGAUUUGAUUACAUCAUAUAUUACAAAUGAUACAAACAAAGAUGAUAAGUUUCUGAGAGACACUGUUCUAAAUUUCAUGAUCGCGGGCAGAGACACUUUGAGUUCAGCUCUCUCUUGGUUUUUCUUUUGUCUUUCGAACAAUCCAACCGUUGUAGAAAAAAUUAGAGAAGAGCUCAAAACAGCAAUUCCAGCCGACGAAUCUCGUGAUCAGUGGCGAAUAUUUUCAAUUGAUGAGUUGAAGAAGCUAGUUUAUUUUCAUGGGGCUUGGUGUGAAGCACUUAGACUAUAUCCACCAGUUCCAUUUCAACACAAGGUAGCUAUGCAACAUGAUACACUCCCAAGUGGUCAUCACAUAAAACCGAAAACAAAGAUUGUGUUUUCAUUAUAUGCAUUGGGAAGAAUGAGUGAAGUAUGGGGGAAAGAUUGCUUGGAGUUUAAGCCAGAGAGAUGGAUUUCAGAAAAGGGAAGUAUCAAACAUGUGCCAUCUUAUAAAUUUUUAGCAUUUAAUGCAGGACCAAGAACUUGUUUGGGGAAAGAAGUAGCUUUUACUGAAAUGAAACUUGUUGCAGCUGCCAUGAUUCAUAACUACAACAUUACUCAACAAAUAGGCCAUAAAGUUGUUCCAAAUCCUUCCAUCAUUCUUCAUAUGAAACAUGGAUUCAAGGUCAAGGUUACAAAGCGAUGGUGUUGAAAAUCAAUUAUCAGAAGGGCAUGGCAAAGAAGCAAGUUUCGGCCAGUUUCUUCCACUCUCAAUUCCAACCACAUCCAAGUAAUUGAGUUUUAAAUAAUUGUUCUUAAUGAAAAAAAAAAAAAAAAAAAAAAAAAGCUAUUAUUUUAAAAAAAUUAGCUAUAACAUUUUCAAAAUAAUAACCACGUGAAGAAAUAAAAAUGGAAAAAGCUUCUAUUUAAUGUGAUGGGUAUCAUAUUGUUAUUGCAAUAGUGGAUGAUAUGUUCUGUUUAGUAAAGCUGUUCUUUGGUUUUAA